AUGGCGCCCAACCGACCACCCACAGCGCCACAUACGCUGAAGCCCCGGCCACCCGCCUCUACGCUCGCAGGUCGCUCGGUCGUUCCGCCGCCCGCCCCGUUGCCUUUGGCAGGGAAGAAACGACCUCUCCCCAAGUUCAACAAGAAGAAGAAAGCAAAGCCGAAGACCGUGAACCGCGCGGCACCUGACGAUGUUGACGUCGCUGUCGAGUGGCCCGGCGGUAUGGUCCUGCUCGGUGUUGGCACGACAUACCGCCCUCCCGCCCCUGCAGAGGGCCACACGUAUGCCGAGGGAUUCGGCGGCGAUGGUCUCUGGCGCUGGCACGAAUUUACGCGGCACCCCGAGCUCCUCGACCACACCGCGCCCUUCAUGGCCUGGGCUCAUAUUCCGACGGAGGACCAGAGGGCCCACUCGAUACUCUACCGUCGCGCGUCUAGGCAAGACUGCGCGCCGCAUCCGGACGAAGCUGUGGAGGGGAAGGAGAGGUUUGAAGGGAAGCAAAAGCUCGGGAAGAAGAGGGGCAUGGGCACGGUCAACGGAAUGUACAGGCUCACCGACGAGUUGUACAAGGACAUCAAGGCGCGACACACUACGCUCCGCCAGCAUUGCGACCUCGCGACGCGCCUCCUGAAGCGGGCAUCGAAAGAGUGCAUGGACGGCGUCAGCCCCCACAGCGUCAUCCGCGUCAUCCUGGCGAAUGUGCGCGAGCCCGUCCGCGAAUACCU